CACCUUCUUCUCCUCCUCCUCCUCUUCCUCCUCCUCCUCGCGGAGCCCCGCAGCCUUCUCGCCUCUCUCUCUCUCUGUCUUUCUAUCACCGCGAAGAUGGUGGACCGCGAGCAGCUGGUGCAGAAGGCGCGGCUGGCCGAACAAGCCGAGCGCUACGACGACAUGGCGGCCGCCAUGAAGAACGUGACAGAGCUGAAUGAGCCUCUGUCCAACGAAGAGAGGAACCUCUUGUCCGUUGCCUACAAAAACGUGGUGGGGGCGCGGCGCUCCUCUUGGCGAGUAAUUAGCAGCAUUGAGCAGAAGACCUCUGCCGAUGGAAAUGAGAAGAAGAUCGAAAUGGUGCGGGCCUACCGUGAGAAGAUCGAGAAGGAGCUGGAAGCGGUGUGCCAGGAUGUGCUGAGCCUGCUGGACAACUACCUGAUCAAGAACUGCAGCGAGACGCAGUACGAGAGCAAGGUCUUCUACCUGAAGAUGAAAGGGGACUAUUACCGCUAUCUGGCCGAAGUGGCCACUGGUGAGAAGAGGGCAACCGUAGUGGAGUCUUCGGAGAAAGCCUAUAGCGAAGCCCAUGAGAUCAGCAAGGAGCACAUGCAGCCAACCCAUCCCAUCCGGCUUGGUCUGGCGCUUAACUACUCCGUUUUCUACUAUGAGAUCCAGAACGCACCGGAGCAGGCCUGCCACCUGGCCAAGACGGCCUUCGACGACGCCAUCGCCGAGCUGGACACCCUCAACGAGGACUCCUACAAGGACUCAACGCUCAUCAUGCAGCUCCUCCGUGACAACCUAACGCUCUGGACAAGCGAUCAGCAAGACGAUGACGGUGGCGAAGGCAACAACUAGACCCCCCCGAUGGACUGGCAGCCGCACGCUGAUGCUAACUACUGCAGUCUUUAUUUUUUUCCCACGAGUGGGGGGGGGUUCAGGGGUGGGGGAGGGAGCGGGAGGGGACACCUUCCCAGGGAGCCCCCCACAACCUGUCUUUGAUUGCCUCGUUGACAUUUUUGCCAAAACACCACUAGUGGAAGUCAGGCUGGCUGUGCUGGUAUGGAAUAGCAGCCUCACUGGCAUAUGGACUGUUCUGUAGAUUAUUAAUACAAGUGGAGCUGUCUUUAAUUUAACUUUAUCGCUAGAAAUAAAAAGGGUUUCAAGACGAAUUCGUGUGGAUGGAAUGGCCCUCGUUUUGAAGGAAAGCAACGCCAAAAAAUCAAACAAAGAAAAAAAAAAAAAAAAAGGGAGUUCUGUGGUUCCAGUAAGGCUUCAUGCGUUUGUUCCCUCAGCCCAAGUGCCGUGUGUCCGUCCCACCCGCGGGGUGCCUCUCCACAGCGCUCUGCCCGCAGGGCCUCGCUUAAAACCCCCACAUUGAGAAGGAGUUACAAAAACCAACUAAAUUGGGGGCUUGCAAAAAGCCCCAGGAUCCAGGCCAUCCCGUCUUUGUGUUGCUAGGGUGUUUGUUAGGGUAGCUUGCAGUAUUAACACUCACCUGCGGUUUACAGCGUUCCUACAUUACAGCCAUAUGACACCAAGCCUUUGAUUGUCUGUUUUCUCUUUUGCUAGUUCUUUUGGCUUGCCUUCCCGAUCAGUCCUCGCCUGCGGACUGGCUUUAGCUAUUCCGUGUUGCCCGCGGCAAGAAGCCCGCCCGCCCGAGGAACAUCAAAGCUGCUCUAGUUCUGUGGUCAACAGCUCACCAGGUGCUUGGCUAGCGGCUGUUUCAGCUAUUUAAAGUCCACAGCAAAAGGUUUAAGAACUUAAUUAGACAAGGGGGAAGUGUUUAAACUUAAUGCCACUUAAAUAAAAAAUAAUAAUAAAAAAAAAUAUUAAAAAAAAGAGCAUUCAGGUCUGUAUGUCAUGUGCUGUGUUUGGUAUCUCAAAAGCCCAUCCUGAUUUAAGGUGCCACAGCUGCUUCCUCAGGGAUUGCACUGCCAUUUCCCUCUGCCUGACUUUCUCCCACUGUACCAUGAGGUUUGUCAGCAGAUCCCCAGCACCCAGGCUCCCUUGUUGGUCACCAGGGAAGCCAGGUGCAUUUUCCUUUCUCCUGGGGAAGCUUGUGGUGUAAUGAGUGAACUUCAGGAGCUCAGAAACCAAUGUGGUAGAGAAAUCCUCAAGGGAAGAGCUGCAAUCAUAGACAUUUCUAUCGGCCGUCAGGAGCCCAGGAUCGUAGUUCUCUUAGCAAAAUCGUUUUCCAAGCCUGCCUGAUCCGUUCGGGGGUGGGAGAUGGGGCAUCCGAGUUGCUUAGCUGGUCAUAUUUACCCCAUUUUGAGUAACCUUCUUUUCAAUCUUUGUUUUCCCAUCGUUGUUGGAAGUUCACUGCUGUUCUCUGGCUCGCGGAGUGCUGUGCCCUGGCGCUUUCCCCUAAAGCUGCACAGUAAGGAAAACCUCGCGCUCGUGCAUUCUGUUUGUGUUGGACCCAGGCUUUCGUUGUCCCUCGCCAGAGUCAGUCGUGGUGCUGCACACACGGCACGGCCGGCGCGGGGAGCGAGCGCAGCCCGGGCUGGUGCAAAGCUCUUGUUGUUUUCCUGGGCUGCCUUGGUGCACAGGUGCUGCCCAGGCUCGCGCCGGGCGUACGGGGUGUGCGGUGCGCAGCACCCCACGAGGAGCUGCCGGGAGCUGGCAGGUGGCGUUGGGCUUCUCCCCUUCUCUGACCUCCCCGCGAGCAGCGCUGCCCCGCUCUGCAGUUUGGGAGCGAUUUACUGGAAUUACAAAACCGACCUUUUUUUUUUUUUUUUUUCUUUGCUUCUUUCCGGCUUUCGCUGCUUCAGGAAGCGCAGGAGAGGUGGCACGAGAGGGCUGAAACCAGAGAGAGGGGUCAGGGACGGGGUUUUUAAGCAGCUUGAAUGGUUUCUUUCGUUUUCUAAGAGAUGCACUUGCCUAUGAUACUGUUUCUCCAGUGCGAUGAUUACUGCUCCAUUACUAUUGAUACGAUAUUGUGCAUGCUAGUGUCGUAUUUCUAUACAGUAGCUUGGAAUUUAUUAACUUAUCCUGUAGCUGUUCAGUAUUCCUAGGACAGAAUAGUCUGCAAAGGGUUUUUUUUUUAAGGUUUGGGGUUUUUUUUAAUUUAUUUUACUUUUUUUCCUUUCGGGGGUAAAGUUUUGCUCUACCAAAUCGUGAUCGUAACAAACUGACCUGUUCUGGGUGUUGCUAUAGUGACAUGCGAUUAUAUAUGAUUUUUGUUUUUAAAAAGGAGUAAAAAAAUAAAAAAAGCAAAAGAAAACACCAGUGUUAGCGUAACCUCAAUGUCUGGUGUUCGUCAUGGUGAAACUCUAACUAUUGCGGUGUAGGAGAACAAUGACUGUGUUCUUUGAAUGAGCCUCUGUUUGUGCUUUUUGUCAUGUUAUGCAGUGAACUAUUUUUAAGGUCUGAUCAGUGAUUUCUUUUUCCAACUCCGUGUUUCUGUAAGGGAUUUAUUUCACACACGGACCAUUCUUAGCGGUUUUUCCUCAGUGAUGGAAUAUCAUGAAUGUGAGUCAUUAUGUAGCCGUCGUACAUUGAGCAAAUAAACUUACAGAUCUGAC